GACGUCACGGAGACUACGUCCAGGUUUUAGACAGUCUGCGGGGACGUCACAACGCCUUCAACUUAACAACACAAGACGUCUGGAAAGACUGAAAACUAUCUGUGGGAAUCACGCAAAGAGACAGAACCUUUGAACCUUUGAACCAGCUGAAGUUCAUCAGUCUGCCAGCAGCAGCGUCUAUAAAGGCUGAGCGGCUCGGUGUGGGUUCCCACUUGUAUUCUGAAGUCAAGCAGCUGUAGCAUCAUGAAUCUGUGGUUCAGUCACUUACUGGUUGCGGGCCUGGUUCUGACCACCUCGGCUCUGACACCUGAAGAAUGCCAACCCUUGACCAAGCCUUUGUCCCUGGCUGACUCCUCCAUGUUGCAGAGCAGGCUGAACUUGAUGAUGGGCUACAGUGAUGCUGAAGCUGUCAAUACCAUCCUGAAGUCAACUGAGAGCUACUGGAUGAAAAUGACACCAUCAGCAUCUGACAAGAAUGAACUGACCGUGCACGAGGAGAACAAGAUUAAUGGAUCCUGCAUUGGUUUAUCAUUCAGCAUGAGAAUUGACGGCGAUGCUGGAGAAAUGUCAGUGGGAAACAUCAGCAAGGCAUUCCAUGUUCUUCCGAGCUGUGACGGCUGCGUGGUCUUCAAAUCAAACAUUACUGGCAGAAACGUGGGCAAGUUAUUUCGUCAAAGUAACAUCAACAUGGACCUUACGGACGAGGAGCUCACAACUCAUGCAACUUUCCUGCUGGCCAGGGAGACGUCCGUGAAGGACUCGGACCUGGAACAAUUCAAGCAGCAGGCGAGCUGCCUCGGCUUCACCGGAGAACCAAACUUCAGCUACGACCCCAAAAAUGAUUUCUGUGCUGAAGGCGAGGGCUCUCAUCUGUCACUCUGAAGUCCAACAACAAAUAUUCCCAAGUCAGAGUGGAAAUAAAGACACAUGAAGUGACUCAAAGCA